UCGUGGCAUGGGAUUGCUCAGGCGCUUCUACCAGCGCUGUUGAAGCAGUUGACCUCCCUGCUUGUCGCUUCUGGAAAAUGGGCAACUGUAAAAAUGGCGCGGACUGCAAGUUCUCACAUGGAGCUAAGGACUCUCUGCCAUCUGACUGCUGGGCUGCUUCCACUAGCACUGUUGAAGCAGAUAACCCCACCACUACUGAAUCCUGGGGCAAACACCGGAAAACUUGUUCCUACUGGAAAGCGGGCAACUGUAAAAAUGGUUCGGACUGCAGGUUCUCACAUGGAGCCGAGGACACUCUGGCAUCUGACUGCUGGGGCACUUCUUCCAGUGCUGCUCGAGUGGUUGGCCCCCCCGGUUCUCUCUCCCAGGAUGAACACCAAACAGUCUGCCGCUACUGGAAAGCGGAUAAUUGUAGCCAAGGAGAUUCUUGCCGGUAUCGUCACGCCGAUGAUGUCCCUACUGACCCAAAGAUGGCACAGGGGGAGGCAACGAUAGGCCGGCUCGUGCAAGGCUCUAUUGUCACUUUCAGUGCAGGUCUAGACGUCAUCGGCCUUACUACUGGUUUUGAGUUGUGCACCCUACGUGUGAAGAAUAUUUCCGCAGACGUAAAGGAGGAUGAUCUCCGUGCAUUAAUGUCACAACAACAGGUGGAUCCCAAUCGUUUCUACCCUGUCGACAUCAAGAGUGUAGGCGGAGGAAAGGUCGAGGCCGAAGUUGUGACGGACGGGGAACUAGGAUGGGUGUUGUUGGCGAUAUUCGAAGACAACGGACUGGAAGCUGAAGUUUCAGGAUUCAGCACAUCGCAGGGGAUGGCUGCAUCAUCGGCGCAGGAUGCCACUGUCUUGACCCUAUCAUGGCCUUCCCCUGCCGUGCGAUAUGCAGUGAUGUGCAUCGAUGCAGCUGCCGCUCAAACUAAAGUCCAUGAAUUAAAUGGCUGCACUUACAAUAAUCGUCGCGUCAAAGCUCAAAUGAGCAACGAACCUUUUAGCUGCACUCGUAUACCGCUUGGACCGGAUGCCAUCAUCGUCAGUGACCUUCCCCCGGAAACAAGUGACACUAAAAUGAUGGCGUUUUCUGGAUCGAGUUCCGUGAAACGAUUGGAAAGGACACCGUCGCUCAAUGUUCGCGAAGUCGAAGACCAUCUAUAUGAUGUUAUAUCACGUAUCGCCCCCGAACGUGUUCGAUCUCUCGACCUCUCGUUGAUGCCCGACCCGAGUGGUUUUCUUUCGAUUCGUGCUUGCUUCUGCUCUCGAGAAGAUGCCCUUGCUGUCCAACAAGACUUCGAGGCCAGCGAAUAUGGGAAAGAUGUUGGGAUGUGGCUACGUGUCCCGCGUCCGAUGGAUUUUACUAUAUCCCUCGACCCGGAACAAUACAGUGCGCAGAAAACUCAGUGGGACGCCCUGAUGAGCGGCAUCGAAGACCCGAAAGCAUGCAUGCUGAACAUCCACAAGCAAGGCCACACUGUACGCAUACGCCUAAGCGGAUCUGAAGAGGAUCGCCUUGGGACGUUGAAGGUCAAGGUCGAGGAUCUAGCUAGAGGUGAAACAGUGCGAGGUUGGCAUAGGACUUUGGCACACCCCAAAGAUAGAUUUUCGAAGCAGGUUUACGUUGAAACAGGAGCAUAUGUGCGAGUAGACCGGAGGACCCAGACGAUAAAGGUAUAUGGCUCAGCGGCAUCGAUUGAGCGUGCUCGAAAAAGGAUCAGCGAAGAGCUCGAUAGAUUGUCCUCUAUAUCGGACUACACGGUCACCGUCCCGGAACCAGCAAUCCAAAGCUUGUUAGCGAAUGGAGGGGGCCUAGCUCAACUAAAGGAAACAUUUGGCGAGGACGCCGUCAAGUUCGACACAACAUCUAGGAGGAUCACCAUCACUGGUAGAGAAGAAGCGGAGCUUGCAUUGGAUAGCAUCCUCCACACUGCGACGGGAAGUAGUCAACGGCCCUCCACUGCAUCACAAACCAAGACAGCGUGCCCGAUUUGUCUUGACGAUAUCUCUAUCCCAUUUUAUCUGGGAUGUGGACAUGCUUACUGUGUCAUAUGUCUGCGUCGCUUCUUACUAUCUGCUCUCGAAACCUCCGAUUUCCCGUUGCGAUGCUAUGGUAAUGAUGGCCAUUGCGGUGAUCCCAUCGCCAUCUCAACUAUCCAACGUUUCGUCCCACCAGCAUCGUUCAAUCACUUGCUCGAUGCGGCGUUUACUUCCUACAUCUCCAGGAAUCCAGAGCAGUUGAAGUAUUGCAAAACCCCUGGCUGCAUACAGAUCUAUCGUUCCACCAGCUCUAAGGCUUCAAUGCCUCUUCGUUGCCCGUCCUGUUUCUCGACCAUCUGUUCAUCAUGUGGUGAAUCGCACGGCCGGCUUCGGCAGUGUGCCGAAGAGGAGGAACGACAGAAUGACGCCUGGAUUGCCGCACAAGGCGGUCGUAUCAAGAACUGUCCACGGUGCAACAUAUUGAUAGAGAAAUGGAAAGGAUCCAAUCACAUGAUGUGCAGGUGUGGUGCUCACAUCUGUUGGAGAUGUAUGGGAGUUUUCACCGUCGGCGCCAUAUAUAAACACAUGCGAGAGGCGCAUCGAGACUACUGUGAUAAUUGACCUGCCUUGUUGCAGCAGAUGCAGCAAGAUCGGGAAGGGAGGGAAUUAGAGGAAGGCAGACACUACAAGCUCGCGAGAGGUAGGAGAGGCCAGAACGUCAGGAUCGGAAAUGGCGGGUAGCUGAGUAGCAACAAAGAGAAGAACGGUUGAGGCAACUUGAAGAGCAAGAACAGCGGCGAGUCGGCGGACGUUGCUGGAUAAUGUAAAUUCUGAAGUAAUCGCAUCCUAACAACCUUCCAUGCUUUGUGUCUUCAUCACACAUUAUGGACACUUCUGCUAAAUGUCUGUCAAAACCUGUACAAAUACCACCUCCCCCUUAUCACGGAAUUCGUCAUUGCAUUUUUUUUUUACUUCAGACGGAG